AUGAACUGCGGUUGCAGUGGCACAUGCAGAGCUGCCUGGUAUGUGGGAGACCCCAAGCUGGAGCAAGGGAGGACUGGCGAGGAGUACUUCUCAGGAGUGAGGAAAACGCGAAAACAAAUAAAAAAGGCCAUUCCACCCCACUGGCCGCCGGACCGUCCAGGGCGCUACCGGCACUCAUAUCCCACGACUCUGACUCCCCGGUUCAGCCGUGCCUCUCAGCAGCCCCGCUCCCCACGGACUCCCGCCGUUGCCUCCGAGAGCGCCUGCGCCACCGCUGCCACGCCGGCUCCCGGCUGCUCAGAACUCGUCAUGUCUGCUGCCUCCUCGUCUUCCUCCGAGGCCGCGCUGCGGCCGGUUACUCACCUGAUCUUUGACAUGGACGGUCUCCUGCUGGAUACCGAGCAUCUGUAUACAGUAGUGUACAAAGAAGUCUGUGGACGUUUUGGAAAGAACUAUACCUGGGAUGUGAAAUCCUUGAUCAUGGGUAAAAAAGCCCUAGAAGGGGCACAGAUUGUUCGAGAUAUUCUAGAUCUUCCAAUAACCAAGGAAGAAUUAUUACAUGAAUGUGAAAAGAAGCAGAAAGAGCUAUUCCCUACUGCUGAAUUGAUACCAGGGGUUGAUAAGCUGAUCCGUCAUUUACGCAAACACAACAUACCCAUAGCUGUUGCCACCAGCUCAGGUGAGGUGACAUUUCAGAUGAAAACCACCAGACACAAAGACUUCUUUGGUCUUUUUCAUCAUAUUGUACUGGGAGAUGACCCCGAGGUGAAGUGUGGCAAGCCACAGCCAGAUGCAUUUCUAGUUUGUGCAAAGAGAUUUCAACCUCCUGCACCUCCAGAGAAGUGUCUUGUGUUUGAAGAUUCACCACUUGGAGUUAAAGGAGCACUGGCAGCAGGAAUGCAAGUGGUUAUGAUUCCAGAUGAAAAAUUAAAUCCAGACCUUAAAAAGGGGGCAACACUACUGCUGAACUCCAUGGAGGAUUUCAAACCAGAACUGUUUGGUUUGCCAGCUUAUGAUUAACGUCUGAUGUCUAUGAACAUGCACUUUACUGGUGGGAAAGUGGAAUUAAAUUUUGUUAUGGUUUUAUGAUUGUUUGCAUCUUUUUCUCUCUUCCUCAAAAUCAGAGCACAAAAAUUGUGUUAACACUUAGUCU